AUGUCUGACCAGGACAUUCAAAUAGACAAAUACAGUAAAUUAAGAAGUACCUAUGAAUACUACAUAGGUUUAUAUAAUGCCUUAUAUCAGUUAAAAACGGAAAAUGAAGAAGAAUUAAACUCAAUUUACAAAAUGAUCAAAGCAAGCCUGAUUGAUUCAAAGAAAUUUCCUCCUAAGAAGAUUAUAAAAGAUAUUUUAUACAUCAUCCCAUAUAACAUCCGCUAUACAGAGUCAUAUUUGAAACUUGCCAAAAAUAUAUAUGAUAAUUAUCAUAUUACAGAAGUCGAAAAUGUCGAAUAUGCUCCAGAUCAACUGUUUUAUAAAGAAUAUGGGAUUAAAUUAGACAAGUCUACUGAUUACGAAAAAAUUAAAUCAGAAAAUCUAAAUAUUUCAUCAGAAAAUCCUAUUUACAGAUCAAUUAUGUAUAACGACAAAGAAAAAUUCAUUUCAUUCACUGAAAUAGAAGGAUUUGAUAAAAAUCAAGAACUUAAAAGCGAUUUACACCCAUAUUUAUACAGAAAAUGCUCAUUACUUGAAUUAUGUUGUUGCUACGGGGCAGUUGAUUGUUUCAAGUUUUUAAGAACGAAAUUUAACUCAGAAAUAACUCAAACAUGUCUUCAAUUAUCAUUUAUAGGCGGAAAUCAAGAGAUCAUGAGUGAAUGUUUGAAAUAUCAAAAGCCAAAUGAAUAUUCUAUGCAAUAUGCAAUUAUUUCACACAACAUUGAUUUUGUUACAUACUUGAUGAAUGAAUACAAUAUGGAAAUUGAUUUUGAUUAUUGCGGAAUAUAUAAUAAUCUUGAAUCAUUUUUAGUUUAUUUUGAUCAAACUAAUGAUAUUAGCAAAUGCUUUGUUCAUUCAUCAAUUUUUAAUAUUCCUUCUCUUUGCGAAUACUUCCUUUCAGUUGGUGCAAAUAUCAAUGAAACAGAUGAAGAAGGAAGAACCGCUCUUCAUUAUGCAGUAAGAAAUAAUUAUGAAGAAACAACCAAAUUUCUGAUUUCACAUGGUGCAAAUAUCAAUGAAAAAGAUUCAUUCGGAAAUACCGUUCUUCUUUAUGCAGCAGAAUUUCAAUAUAAAGAAAUAGCUGAACUUCUUAUAUUAAAUGGCGCAAAUAUCAAAGAAAAAAAUCGUUAUGGACAGUCAGCUCUUUGUUUUACUGUGGCUUAUAAUACUAAAGAAAUAGUUGAACUUCUUAUUUCACUUGGUGCAAAUAUCAAUGAAAAAUAUGAAGAUGGAUUCACUGCUCUAUGUUUUGCAACGAUCUAUGGUAAUAAAGAAACUCUCGAGCUUCUUAUUUCACAUGGUGCAAAUAUCAAUGAAAAAGAUAACUUUGGAAGAACUGCUCUUCAUUUUGCAGCAGAAAAUAAUAGAAAAGACAUUGUCGAGCUUCUUAUCUCACAUGGUGCAAAUAUCAAUGAAAAAGAUCGAUAUGGAAGACCAGCUCUUCAUUUUGCAGCAGAAAAUAAUAGAAAAGAAAUAAUCGAGCUUCUUAUUUCACAUGGUGCAAAUAUCAAUGAAAAAGAUAACUUUGGAAGAACUACUCUUCAUUUUACAGAACAUUAUUAUAGAAAAGAAAUAAUGGAACUUUUUAUUUCGCAUGGUGCAAAUAUCAAUGAAAAAGAUCAAUACUACAGCAUGCGUUAUUUAGAUAUAUAG